AUGUUGACUGAAGAAUCCUUACGUUCUAAGAUUAAUGAAACCAUUCCAGAAGUGUACAAUGUGAUUGCAAUGGACACUUCAUCUGGUUGUGGGCAAUCGUUUGAAGUUGUUGUGGUGAGUGAUACUUUUAUAGGUAAGAACAAACUGGCGAGAAGUCGUUUGGUUAAUAAAGCAUUACAUGAUGAGAUAAACCAAAUACAUGCUUUCAGUUGUAAAUGCUACACUCAAGAAGAAUGGUCUAAAAUCGUAGUAUGA